AUGGCUUUGAAGCACCGCCAGAGCCACCCAACAGUGGCACCCCUCCUACAAUUGCCUCUCGAGCUACGAAACCAGGUCUAUUCGUACCUGCUGCCAUUGGAGAACGUCAGCCACCCGCUUCCCUCGGUAGGCAUCACGAGCGUGUCGCAUCGUCCUCCCACAAGUGCACUCCUCAACAUUCACCCCACCAUAACAGACGAACUACUCGACUACUUUUACACCAUCUCGACCUGCUACGCAUGCAUCGUGAAGCUGGUGUUUAGCCAUGCCUUCAACUUCUUUCGCGUGGACCCCGAGCUACGACGUCUCGAGCAAAGCCCCAGCUUGGCCUGCAUCCGCAAGAUUGAAGUCGUCUUCUUCUGCCCUGUGCUGUCACUGCAAAGCUAUCCAACUUUCGCUCUCGAUCUCUUCUGUGCCGGGAUCCGUAAAAGAGCAUCCAGAGCAUGCGACGUGAUGAACAAGGCGCCGAAGCUGAGAACGGUCGUGGUCAGUUGGUGUGAUUCGACCUACACCGGCGAUUGGCAAGAGAAGGCGAAGAUCCUGACACCACUACGCAACUUGGUCGAUGCCGGGGACAGGCAAGCAUCUGUGACGUUCAAGGUGGGCAAAGUCACCGGGCCCGAAGACCUAGAUCGUGCGGACUUUGUGGCUGCCCUCAGGGAAAUCCUCGGCGCUGGGCAGAAGCUGGAUUGUGGCAAUGACGGCACGGAGGACGCUUCGCAGAAUCUGAGGAUGCUGGCAUUCGACCCGCGACAGGAGAGACAGUGCCAGCUGUCUCCAAACGCCGGCAGCUACCCCAGGGCCGGCACGAUUCGCAGAGGAUGGAGGGGCGCUCCGCCUUUGAUGGCAGCUCCUGUAGAACUUGACGCACAUGUAGGGCCUGGCGAGGAGUCCUCAUCAGCUGCCUGCGCCACCCCCUGCCGCACUUCAGCGGCUUGA